CGGAGCUCCGGUGCUGUACAGUGGGAUACUGGGUGAGGUGAGAGGAGAGAGGGGAGCUCUGCUGGGAGGUCUGAGAUGUUCUCCGCUCCGUAUGACUGAACCGAGGCCGCUGUGAGUUACCGUGCCCGCGGGUGAGAUCCUCUGCGAUGGAGACAGCUCGAUUUUUGUUUUGAACAGCUGAGCGCCGUAGGACUGAAGGGUGAAACACGUGGCACAUGAGCUCAGAGAGAGAGAGAGAGAGAGAGACAGACAGAAAAAGAGUGAGAGAGAGAGAGGCAGAGAACACUAGGUUCAGUCAGAGGAGCGGAGCGCUCUCAACAACUCAACAAACCUCACAGACUGAAGUUCACUCAGUUCACAGCUCAGACACAUAGCGCGCGCAGAGUCCGGGUCACUCCAGACUGAUUUAGUUCAGCUGUUUUAAUUCUUAUUUCACCAAAAGAAGGAAUAAACAGAGCGAGAGAGAGAGAAAGAUGAAGGGUCCAGUGAGCGCUGCUGCUCUGUCCGUUCUGGUGCUCUGCUGCUGCUGCUGCUCUCUCGCCAGAGGUGACCAUGAUGCAGGCCCAGGCACAACUUCUCUCAGUAUCAGCCCAUUGGAAACAACCUCAACUCCCCACCACUUUUCCACUGCAGAGCCCAACGUCCUUACAAACUCUACAGCUCAGCAUCUGAACAUCUCAGAAGUGGACAGCAGCACUACAGAAGAGCUUUCUGCUAAUGGCACCCUCAUCCAAAAUAACACCACAAACAGCACAGAGGCUCCAGCCUCUGCUGCUACAGCGGCUGCGACUGCAGCGGACCAACUCACAGCAGGAGACAAUACAAGUGUUCCUGGAAACCACACAGAGAGCCAGGAGGGAUCUGACCUUUCAGCAGGAGAUAACCACCCUCUUUCCACCACUACAGCACCAAUUACUACCACCCUGCCCACCACCCUACUGCCCAGAACCGAGCCUCAAACCAGCACGUCAGCUCCAACCACGAUACUUCAGACAUCCUUGGCUUCUGCCACCAGCCCCCAUAGUACCACUGUAGACAACAAAUCAGCAACCACCAACUCGGAGACAACAACUGCUCAAACCAGGCAGAACUCUUCAACAGCUCGUAAUAAAAGCACAGCAGCUCCAACCACCACAGAGGCACCGACUACAGAGGCCAGCAGGCCCCACAACAGCACUCCAGUGCAGGCUAAAGCUCGUGCAGACACGCCUUCUGAGCUUAACGUCGGAGACGAAGACUCCAGUGCUACUUGGGAUCCACUCUUGGCUGGCCUGGUGUCCGUGUUCGUGGUGACUGCUGCCAUAGUCUCACUUCUAAUAUUCCUGAAAUUCAGACACCGCAAUGAGCGCCCUGAAUUCCGCCGUCUACAAGACCUUCCCAUGGACGACAUGAUGGAGGACACUCCUCUCUCCAUGUACAGCUACUGAGUGGCUGAGAGAAACCCUUAAUGCCUUGAAUGAGACACAGGCCUCCUCUGAGCACACCAACCCUAAGCCCACAAUUCCUUUAUUUAAAAACAGAUGUUUUGUUGUUAGGGUACACUGCUGUUAAUCUGUCACUGUUUUGCAGAAGGGGAAUGCCAUGCACUCCUCUUCUCUAUGGGAAGGUUAACUCAAAAUUCCUGGGCCAAAGUUAUUUAUUAUUUCUUUCACAGAAGGAAAAUGGAGAUUGCUGCCUGAAUGAGAGAGUGGGGCUUUUUAAAAUCCCUCACAGUGAGGGUGAACCAUUGUGCUUAAACACACUCCACUUCAAGCCCUGCUUUACAACAGGGAAAGUUCACUGGCCACUGGCAAAAUCCAUUACACAAGAAACACAAAUGAUGUGAGCAGAUUUCACUCUAGAAGUUAAAUCCUGAUUUACUUUGUGAAAUAUUAAGCCUACUGUCAUUUGGUGGAAACAAAAAGCCAAGACCAAAGGAGCAAUGUGCCUUCAUCACAAAAUAUUAAAGCUCCAAGCCAGAUGGAAGUGGAUAUCAAUGUAUAAUGAUGAUUCUGUAAGGUUUAGGAUUUUUUGUGUGCGUGUUCUGUUUGCUGUAGACAUGCAUUUUUCGACAUGUCUUGUCUGAUCAGAGAUGCGGUGCGGUCUUUGAUUCAAUAUUUUUUUAUAUACAUAAACUGUGUGUAUUGCAUUAGCAUGGAAUUCACAUACAGUUUAUUCUACAGUUGAUUUAUUCAACUAAAGUGAUAUAAUUUUAACAUUUUAAAACCCAGCAACUAGAUUUGUUUGAAAUCCGAAGGAAAUUUGUUUUGCCCCCCUUAAAUUGUACUUACUGCAUCCCGGAAGCAGUCAGAGGGAGUAAUCUCAAACGCACGCCUGACUAGUCUGUACGUUCCUUAAAGAAUAUAUACAGUACUGCGCAAAAGACAUACAGUACAUAUACAGUUUAAAGACUCUUUAUUGGGACAGUGAUUAAUUAUGUGCUUGGGAAACACUAAUAUUACAUGUGCUUAUCACCACCAAGCUUAAAAUCAAUGAUUCGUUAGGUUAAAUCAUGGAAUGCAUUGAGAAAAAAUCUGGAAAUCUCUGUCUUUCUCAAAUAAUAUCAGUGCCAUUUUCCCAAUAUAUGUUAAAUAAGAACAAUUACUGGUAAUUAAAAUGGUGUCAAACAGAGAAAGAGUUACUUAAAGACUUUUCCAGAAUACUCUGUAUAAAUAAACAACUUAAUCAAACACACAGAGAAUUGGUUUCCAGAAAAUGGCUGUAGAGGCAAAACUGCCUUUGCAUUUUUUAAAGGAGUAUAAAAGCAUAUGAAUUAGCCUCACAGUGUAAAUAUUAAUAUAUUCCUUUAUUUGAAGCCAAAAGCAACAUUUAUAAUGAGCAAGGAGCUUUUGGGUGAUGUUUGUCCUCAAGUGGGAAAGUGCUAAUCAGGUACUUUUUCCAAGUGCCAUUUGAGUUUGAGUCAGCGUUGACUAGGCCCAUCACGAUAAUUGCGUUAAAAACUUAACAGCCAGUAUGGGUUGCCAAAACAAAACAUAGAUACAAACUAUUAAAUGUUGUCACAUAUUCACAUAUAAAAAAUAAAGUUCAAUAUAUCCUCCACAAAGAUAGUUAUUGUGUCGGCCUAGUGUUGACUAAUCCCCCAGCAAGUGAGAUUCCUGCACCGCUGGCUUCUGGUGCCUUGUAUAUGGUAGAGUUGUUUGCUUGCACUUUAUUGUGGGGUUUUGGGGGUGGGAUUGUGUUGCUGUGGGAAGGUUUUGGGUGUGUUAUUUGUUUGUUUUUUUUGUUCUGUAGUAUUGUCUUUGGAAUUUGUAUGAGUGAAAGCCAGUUCCUAUCUUAUCACUGAUAAAGGCUUGUAAGAGCCAUUUGUACAUCAGAUUCCCAUUCUGAUAGUAUCCACUCUUGAAAAGCAUUCAUUAGAUUAGACAGAGAGUUUUCCUACACUGCACAAAGCCUGGACCGCAUACAAGCGAAUCACUUGUUCCACGCUGCAAGUCGAUACCGAAUUCAAAGCAUCCAUCAUUUCAGUUCAUGAUUCACCACAUUGUGCGGAAUGUAGUCACAUGUCUGAGCAGCAGUCUUGAAUACGAGUCUGUGCCUGCAUGAGAACUUUAACUGGAGGCGUUCUCUCUACUUGGACUGGUGGUGUCAGUCAGGAAUGGCAGCACGCUGACCUUUACAUGUCUCACUGAACACUUCACUUCACAAGAUCACCGGAGUAUUAUUUUAUCUCUCACACUCGCUUUCUCUGUCUCGCUUUCUCUCUAUGAAGGUCAUAUUUUAGAACUGGGCUUAAUGUUGCUACUCUGCUGCGCAGUCAGAGAUGCUGAAAUGAAAGUCAAACCGGACACAAUGCUUCAGAAUGAAAAGCCAUAUAGCUAGUUGUACGUCAGUAUGUCGAGGAAAUGUACAGUUUUUGCCAUCAUGCCAUCUAUGUAAACUAAGCCCGGCUUGUUAAACACCAGCUUAUUUAGCAGGAAACAGCUGUAUGAAGGUUUCACAACAGGUUUUCUAAACUCCGUUUCAUUGAAAUCAGGAUCCUCAUACUUUUUGCUUUUUGUUGUUUGUUGUUGCUUCAAGUAAAAAUGUGCCAAAAGUGCUUAUGUAUGAUAGAAUUCUACCUUUUUCUUGAUGUUUCAGUUUUUUUUUUAUUAUUAAAAGUCUUGACAACGAAAAA